GCAAUACAGUGAAUUGCACCAGCUGAGCGACCCUCAUUCAUUGCUGUGUGUGUGUCUUGGGGAGCGACCCAAGAGCUGCAGUGAUGCCUGUAACGCUGUAGGAUGCUCUGCACACGGAUGAUGAUUUUAUAUGCUUCUGUUUGAACAGAUCUGGAUACAUCUGUGACACAUUUGUUGUUUACAGCACGGAAUAACUGUAUCGCGUGACCUUGCCCUGAAUGUCAUUAGACAGGGAUUUUAAUCUUGCUACGAACAAAAGGAUUUAAGUCUCAGCGAUGGAUAUUUUGAAGCAUAUAAUCAACGACACCGUUGAAUUCUACAAAUGGAGUCUUACCAUUGCAGACAAGCGUGUGGAGAAAUGGCCUUUGAUGGACUCUCCUCUCCCCACACUUGCUAUCAGCUUCUCAUACCUGCUCUUUCUCUGGCUGGGGCCGAAGUACAUGCAGGGCAGAGAGCCCUUCCAACUGAGGAAGACCCUCAUUGUCUACAACUUUAGCAUGGUCAUCCUAAACUUUUUCAUAUUCAAAGAGCUCUUCCUUGCUGCACGGGCGGCUAACUACAGCUACAUCUGCCAGCCUGUUGACUACUCAGAUGAUCCUAAUGAAGUGAGGGUGACAGCAGCCUUGUGGUGGUACUUUAUCUCCAAAGGUGUGGAAUACCUGGACACGGUGUUUUUCAUCUUACGCAAGAAGUUCAAUCAAAUCAGUUUCCUGCAUGUGUAUCACCACUGCACUAUGUUUACCCUGUGGUGGAUUGGGAUCAAAUGGGUUGCUGGUGGACAGUCAUUCUUUGGGGCUCACAUGAAUGCAGCAAUCCAUGUCUUGAUGUACUUGUAUUACGGGCUGGCAGCAUUUGGUCCAAAAAUACAGAAAUAUCUGUGGUGGAAAAAAUAUCUGACCAUUAUCCAAAUGAUCCAGUUUCACAUCACCAUUGGCCACACUGCUUUGUCGCUCUAUUCUGACUGCCCAUUCCCUAAGUGGAUGCACUGGUGUCUGAUUGGAUACGCCUUCACCUUCAUCAUCCUCUUCGGGAACUUCUACUACCAGACAUACCGUCGGCAACCCCGCCGUGAGGCUACAUCCAAGCCCAGCAAAGCCCUUUCUAAUGGAGCGUCUAAUGGAUCCCUUAUGUCUAGCAACGGAAAUGCUGCCAAGAUGGAUGAGAAACCAACGGUGGCUGAGACCGGGAGGAGAAAGCGGAAGGGAAGAGCAAAGCGUGAUUAAACCAGAUCAGAAAGAAAACCAGACACAGGCAGGCACACAUACUGAUGCAAGAGAGAUCACGGAUACGGAGAGACUCAUUAACAGGUUAAGGAUGAGUGAUUCAUUGCUACAGCGAAUUAAAUGGGUGUAUCAGCUGAGAUUAAUCCAAAAUUGUUAUGAAUAAGUCGAGUUUUUGCAGCAGAGGGGGAGAAAUGUAAGCUUAAAUAUAGAGAGACGGGAAUACAUACAGUUUCCCAAAGUAUUUAGACACUUAUGGAAACUUAACUCACACUUAUAAUGUCUGAACGUCGUUGUAUUAGAUAAUAAAAUAUCAAACCAUGAGGCAUCUGCAAGCUUUUCUCAGAACUAACUUCACUUUUCUGAAGCAUUUUUGGAGUGACUUUGUAUCAGCUGGUGUCAAGAUGAAGUCAGUUUCUCUCAAGUUCACAGAUGUGUCCUUGCAGGAAAAGUGAUUGUGCUAUGUUUCUUUAAAAACAAUGCCACUUGGUUUAAUAUUUUAUUAUCUAAUGCAAAGACAUUCGAGCAUUUUUAAAGUGUGGCUUAAGUGUCUAAAUGUGGCUAAAUAAUUUUUGGGUCUCUGUAUGACUAAUUCUUAAAAGGAUCUUAUCAAAAUAUGAUAUAUAUUGUCUAUCCUUAUGUUUGUUAUUUUAUUCUAUGUAUCUGCCUUUUUUACACUGUUAUCCUAAUGCCAGAUAAGACCUGUGUCUCACCAUUGUACUGUAAAUUAUUAUAAAAAUACUUCGUGAUAUCAAAUUUGUAUUUUUUUUUCUUCUUUUUUUCAUAAUUUAUUAAAGUGGGGACCGAACAUCUGAGACCACAAGUGAAAAUGCUUCUGUUUUGCAUUUUUCAAAUAAAUCAGCAUAACUAUUUCAGUGAAAAUUUGAGCUGGCAUGGACUGGUUUAUGCGAAACCUGUUGAACGUGUUAUCCAGCAUGAUUUGAGGAUAUUUGUCACAAAUAUGCUUACAUUUAAAAAGUUAUCCCAAAAAUAGUCCAGAAUCUUAAAUAUUUUUUCUUCAUUUUUAUAUACACCCCCCCCCCCCCCAAACUGUUAAUUUUCACUUUUAAAAAAAUCCCAGAAUUUCAAUGUGAUCUCACUGCAUAUCCAUUGUUUUGGAAACAUAUUUAAAUGUCUAUUUAUUUUAUAAAUCAUGUUAUAUUUCAAGUUGUCAGUAAAAACCUGUGUACCUGCUGGAUAUAUCAUGACAAUACUAUAAAGCUGAGACCAUGUGGCAGCUUAUUUCAAAAUUAGGGAUGCAUUGAUAUAGAAUUUUAACAUAACGAUAACUGAUAAUUAUUUUUAUUUUGAACAAUAAUGAUAUGAUUUAUACUGUUUUAUCUGUUCUUUUAAAAACAGUGUUCACAGUGAAAUCUCCAAGAAUGGUACAAAAGAAAUGACCAAUAACAUUUUAGGAGUUUUGUAACCUGGCUUAGAAAAAAGGUUCAUGGUAACACUUUAUGAUUAGCUGCUUCCAGUAUUGGCCAAAUCAGACCAAUAUUGCUCAGUUCUGAUAUAUUCAAGGGUAUAUCCUGCAUCCCUAUUGAGAAUAGCUUUUGACAUCACCAAAAGGUUAUUGAAAAUCAGCAACUCUUUCAAUCAUAAGCAUAAGAUACAUAGCUUUUAGUUUUCUUUGGGAAAUUAUAACCUCACUGUAAAUAGGAGUGGGAAAUAUGUUUGUAGCUGCAAAAUUGCAUUGUACAUAGAUAAAGUCCUAAGAUGCUCCAUGUCAUAAUUUUUCAUUUCACAUAGUUCUGAAUCCUAAAAUACAUGUGUUUUGUCUUGAUUUUUUUUUUAUAAUGUUGUAUAAUCUGUGCAGUUUUGUACAUUGUGCUUUUGAAAAUGUAACGAUCAUCAACAGCUCUGAUAUUUUCUUUUUAAAUGACAGAUAUACAUUGCUGUAUAUAAAAUAAACUGAAUGCAGAUGCAAAGCAAAUUUUGUCUGAAAUUUUGUGUCUAAAAAAUCCCUUGCUCACUCUAUUAGUGUCAAGCUGUGGCAUCAUGUUAUACUUCAUCUAAAACUACUUUA